AUGGGGACUCUAAGCUCUUUUAUUUAUAAUACUAAACUCAUUACUGAACCAAGAACCCUAGAUGAUCACCACAAUGAACCGAACCCACAGCAUCGAAUAGACAAUCCGGGCCAACAACCAGCUCCGGUUCCGCAGCAUCCAACAGAAGAUGGUCCUUUGAUCAGAUAUAGAGAAUGUUUGAAGAACCACGCGGCCAACAUGGGCUGCUAUGUCGUCGACGGCUGCGGGAAAGAUGGCACCGGGGAGGCCUUGAAAUGUGCAGCCUGUGAAUGCCACAGGAAUUUUCAUAGAAAAGAAACCGACGGCGGUGCUUUUCCCUACUACAAAAACAACACGAGGAGACCAACACCUCUUCGUCGACAAAGAUGUCCCCCCGGAUUGUCUAACAGUACCACUCCUCGUUUUCGGGUUGCACCGCACGUAACGACGAACUCUGGCGGUGGAAAUGGCGGCGUCAGGGCGGAGUCAUCGAGUGAAGAUCUGAAUGUGUUUGCCGGAGGUCGAGAUUCAUCGCAUUUACAGCCACCAAAGAAGAGGUUUAGAACAAAGUUCAGUGAAGAUCAAAAGGAUAAGAUGAGGGAAUUUGCCGAUAAGUUGGGUUGGAGAAUCCAGAAACAAGACGAACCAGAAGUGCAGCAAUUUUGCGGUGACGUGGGAGUCAAGAGACCGGUUUUCAAAGUUUCGAUGCAUAACAGUAAACAAGCUAUGAAGAGAAAACAAAUGUAAUUAGAUUAGAAAUGUGCAUAAACAAAUAGAGAAUGAAGAAAUUAAUAGAUUAGAACAUAAAGUUUGUUUAAUCAACAUCAUUAAAUCGGUAAUAUUCUUCUUGAUUCAUGUAGCAUUUUGGAUAAAAUUAAUGACAUA